AGCGAGAGCCUUGGCAGGGAAGGCGCCUCUCGGCAGCAGCAGCAGCAGCAGCUCCGGCCGCGGUGGGACAGGGAGGGCACCCGGGGCAGGAUGCAGGCAGCGGACAGCCGGCAUCGGGCUCUUCUCUGGAGUCGGUGCCUUGGUUGGAGGCCCCGAGUCUCAUUUGGUCAUCAAAUAAAUAUGCAAAGGAGCCUUUGAGAGCUGCGUCUAGGAUGGGGAUGUCCGAGGGAGGGAAGCAGGUUGCAGAUUAACGGGUGACCUUCUGCCGCUGGAGCAGGAUUGGUGGCCGCCGCCGAGCUCUCUGUCCUUCCGUUCUUCCCUCCCACCGGCCACAGUGGCACAGCCUGGCAGAGGAUUCCUGUCCACGACCGCUGGGAAGAUGCCCGGCAGUGGCCGGGGCGCAGCAGGAGCCACAAGCCGAGAACGACGUCUCUGGGGCUGGCAGCCACUCUGCCUGGACAUGAGGACCCCACGCCCAGCCCGGGGCUGAGCCCCCGCCCCGGCGCCGCCAUGGUGCUCCCCUACGCCCGCAACAGCGGCGGCGCCGGCGGCUGGGGGGCCCCCGAGGAGCCCCGUGGCCGCAGCAACUCCAUCCCUGCAGCGCAGACCCCCACGGCCAAGCACAUGCUGGCUUACCUGCCCCGGCCGCCCACCGACACCAGCCGGUACGGCACCUUCCCCCAGAAGCCCGACGUCCCGGCCGCUCCCGGGGCUCUGGUGGAGGACGGCCGGCAGCAACCCGCCGCCGCCACCGCCACCGCCACUGCCAAGAGAAGCGCCCCGAUGCCAAACUACCCGUCCGCACCCCGCCGGGGCGGCUUCGUCCCCAGUGAGGCGUCCCUGCCGCUGAGCCGCGGGAGCCUGGCUGCCCAGCACCUCCGUGGCCGCCCGUCCUGGUGCCCGCCACCCGCCCCACAGGACCCGGCUGCCCGUUUGUAUCCGCUGCACGCGCUGAGCGUGGCCAACAUCCCCAACUCGUCGCGCGGCAAGACCUCCGCCCGCAGCUCCACCGUCCCCACCCCGGAGGGGCUGCAGAGCCGGCGGUGCAAGCUGCUGGAGGAGGACAACCCCAUGGUCCAGAGUGGCAAGCGGCAGCGGCAGCGCUACGUGACAAAGGUGGGCAAGUGCCAGGUGAACUUGGGCAACAUCCAGGACAAGAAGAGGUUCCUCUCGGACAUCUUCACCACCAUUGUGGACCUCAAGUACCGCUGGUUCCUCUUUGUCUUCAUGAUGUGCUACAUCGUCACCUGGGUGGUCUUUGGCUUCAUCUACUUCUUCGACGCCUGGGUGCGGGGUGACGUUGGGCACCAGGGCGAUCCUGAGUGGCAGGCGUGCAUCGAGAACGUGGACGGCUUCAUCUCUGCCUUGCUCCUCUCAGUGGAAAGCCAGCGGACCAUCGGCUACGGUACCCGGAUGGUGACGGCCAACUGCACCGAGGGUGUCAUCCUGCUGAUGGCUCAGUCCAUCGUGGGCUCCAUGAUCGACGCCAUGAUGGUGGGCUGCAUGUUUGUCAAGAUCUCCCGGCCCAAGAAGCGAGCCCAGACCCUCAUCUUCAGCAAAAACUGCGUUAUCUCCCGCCGUGACGAGAAGCUCUGCCUGAUGUUCCGCGUGGGGGACUUGCGGGAAAGCCACAUGGUGGACGCCAAGAUCCGGGCAAAGUUGAUCAAGUCCCGGCAGACAGCCGAGGGGGAGUUCAUUCCCCUGGAGCAGUCAGAGCUGAACCUGGGCUAUGACACAGGGGAGGACCGUCUGUUUCUGGUGGAGCCCCAGAUCAUCUGCCACGUUAUCAACCGCCACAGCCCCUUCUGGGACAUGUCGGCCGAGUCACUGCGCCGGGACCAGUUCGAAAUCAUCAUCAUCCUCGAGGGCAUUGUGGAAGCCACAGGAAUGACGUGCCAAGCCCGCACCUCCUACACGGAGGACGAGAUCCUCUGGGGAUACCGCUUCGAGCCCUGCAUGUCCCUGGAGAAAGGCGCCUUCCACGUGGACUACAGCCGCUUCGAGAUGACCUUCGAGGUGCAAACGCCGGCGGCCAGCGCCAAGGAGCUGCACGAGCUGAAGGAGCUGGAGCAGCAGGAGCACUCCACGCUCAGCCUCUACUGGGACCACCUCGUGCACCCCUGUGCGCUGCCGGGGCCCGGCGAGGACGCGCUGGGGGCGAUGAGCGGCCCCGGCAGCGUGGCUGAGGGCACCCGGGACGAGCCUCCGGAGCAGGAGUUCCCUGCCUGA